GUUCAUUUGCUUCCCUGCACCUUCAACAUGGCCACACGCAUCCCCCUCAUCAUCUUGGGACGAAAACGUGCAGUCGGCGAAACGAUUGCCUCGUUCCUAUCCCCCACAUACCACGUCGUCGACAUCAUCCAUACCCUUCCGGACAUUCCACGCUCCCUCCAAGCUGCAAGCACGCGUCCAAAAGGUUUUGUCAUUGGCGGCGGCUUUGACGAUACAUCCGCCAAAGAAGCGGAACAGCUAGCAAAAGCUUUUGACAAAGCGAUUCAGGUUGUCCGCGUUCCGCAGGGGUACAUGCAAAAAGUGGGACCUGAUGGAGUUGCGACGUGGAUAAAACAGCAGUUGGAUGGGUGUAAUUGGAAGCUGUAGAGAUGUAUUUGGAAGCGAUGACUGGAUUGCAUAUGCCAGGGUAGAUUACGAGGGCCAAUUUCUUAAGUAUGGCAGCGGCGUGGAAUAAUACUUUACGAUAUAGUACUCGGACAUUCUGGCCAAUGACUGUGAAAGUGUUUUGUGAUUUUAAAUACCACUGGCUUUCAGUCAGCCGUCUACCAAGUUCCUCCUUCUUACAACCAGUUGCCAAAAGCAUAUACCCAAAAGGGGCUUAUAAAUUGGAAUCGGAU